CAUUUUACUCUCCCUCUUGCAAACUUAAGGAAAGCACCAGUGUUGAGAAGUUGCAUGAAGCGUGUGGUUCCAACUGAGGACUUUCUUAUCGGACCAUGGAAGCCAAGAAGUGGAGGAGCCUCUCUGUGUCUUGGAUUUCCCAAGGAUCAAAGUUUGUUUUCUGAGCAGAGUGUGUGAAUGAAGUGUGCGGAAGCAGGAAACAUGUCAAACGGACGUUUCAGUCACCUGUUGAGUGGAGUCUGGCUGCUGUGGCUGUGGCAAGCUGUGUUUGUGGCUGGAACUGGGAGUAAACUUUGGGAGAUGCCCACAGCCUCCUUCACUUCCUCCUCCAACCUCAGUAAGAGCCUGCAGUGGGAGCAGGAGUGUCAGUACCGCCACCUACAGGACAGAGUGAGAAUCACAGCAGACAUCCCCCCAAGGCUGGACGGCACAUGGGUGUCAACCAGAUGUGAAGUCAGGCCCGGUCCAGAGUUCCUUACACGCUCUUACACCUUUCACCCCAGCCGUCACUUCCUAGCCCUGCAACACUACUACACAGACAGCGGCUGUGAGGACCCAGCCUACUCCCUGAUGGUCAGGGGGAAGCUUCGUCUGCGCCAAGCCUCUUGGAUAACCCAGGGUGGCACUGAAGCUGAGCACCACCUCAGCAAGGUGGGUAUCGUGGUGCACAGCCUGGCAGCCAAACAGAGGCUUGUUGCCAGGUUGCCUCCGACCUGCAUGGCUUUGACCCUGGGUCGAGCGGUGCCAGGGAAGCUGUAUGAGCUGUACAACACCCGGGCAGGGAGGGGCUGUCUGGCUGCACUGGGCUUCUCCAUGAUGGAGAUGGGACUGAUACGGGUGGAAACGCAGCACCACAGCCAUGGAGGGAAGGUCCAGGAGCUGUUCUUAGGGGAUAUUCACACUGACUGGACACAGAGAACUCAGUACAGACCUACAGGGUACCAACAGCCACUGCAGAACGCCAUGCAUCACAUCCACCCCUGCCCUGUGUGCGCCCUGGUAUACCGCUCCUCAGAGCAGCGCCCCCCUGUGUUGCCCCGCAGCCCUGCAGCUCCUCUCUCUCUUGCCGGCCGCUGGGUCAGCCAGCGCUGCGAAACCCGUCCCAACGUCCUCUUCCUAACCCGACACUUCACCUUUGAUCCCAACCAGCACGCAUGGGAGGGCAUCUACCAACACUUCUCGGACCCUGCCUGCUCUCAGCCUACUUUCACCCUGAGAGCCUUGGGUCACUAUGCUCAGGGAAACCCCUCCACCAAGGUCUCAGGGGCCACUGAGUUUGUCUUCAAGGUCACCCAGGUGAGAGUCACAGCUGCAGAGGAGCCCACAGCGAAGUUGCUAAAUGGGACGAGGCCAGGAAAGUGUGGUCAGGCAGGAGGCUGGGAGGUCGGAGUGGAGCAGGACUUGACCCCCACAGAUGGGUGCACCCUGCUGGGAAUCAAACUGCCACAUAAGGAGUAUGAGCUCUUCAAGACUGAGCUGGACCACAGGAAACACCUGCUGCUGUUCAUCGGUGAGAGGCCGGCUGAUGGGUCCAGUCCAGACCGACCACAGAGGAGGCCCACUUCCUUUCAGGCUCCAAUGGUGCUUUGCAGUGGGGGGGAGACACAGCCUUCACAUGGCUAUGGCUCAGGUUUUAACAGCAAGCAAGUCCAGCUAGAAGCCAGUGGGACAGAGAGACUGGCACAGCUGGUGUUACUGGUGCUGGGAUCUGUGCUGUGCAGCUGGUUCUGUGAUUAUUAGAGACGUUGUUCAUGAAUGAAGCCUGUUACACAGCUGAAGUCAUUGAUGGACAUUGUUUUCUGGCAGCUUUCUUUCACUCUUCCUCCAUAUGAUGAUGACCACAUGUGUGAUGGUCAAGAAAAAUCAUGAGACACUCAGGAGAACUGAAUAAUUUCUUAAAUCUGUCUUUCAGAUGCUGCCUGUAGGUUCACUUUGAUGACUCUUUACUUCAGCUGCAUUUCUACCUAAAACUAAUCUGUAUAUAAACCAUCAAUAUAUAUAUGCAACUGCCAUCAUUUUAGUAUGUAAAAAUAUAUUCAAUUAAACCAUGUUCUUUUUGUAUAAUGAUCAGAUGUUCUCACUUCACAGUUUAAUUCCUUUUAAUAUUUCUGGAUAAAUACAGUUUUCUUGUCAUGCUAUUAUAACAAAUCAAGAUCACAGUGUGAAAAUGUGGAUCAGCUAUUUCCACGUCAAAAUGUAAGCCAUGGACAUUCCUGUCGACUCCACACAAGAGCUCCUUUUCAUCCAAAAUGCAGUAUAACUAAUGCACUUUGUACAGAACAUUGCUUUCUCAACAUACUGGAGAGAAAAGAAGCUGGAAAGCAGAGAAAUGUAUAAUCAACACUCUAAUAGCUGCCAUGUUCAUUGGUCAGAUGCCACUGUUGUGUAAAAUGUUGCUUUGUCUCUAUUCUCUUUCAAAGCUUGUGUAUUAGUCUGCUUUUCUGUCAGCAGUCAAUCUAAACAAAUCAAAUUAAUAUUUAUUUUAACCAUUUAUGCAAUGCUUUUUAAUAAGAGGAAUAUUUUGGUCUAAUGUUUUACUUAGUUUCACCAUUUAAGAAGCGAUUAUCUAUUUGUAUUAAAAAUAG